ACACCGGAUAUAAACACUAAUACAUCGGAUUCCGACAUCAUAAUCAUCGUACUUGUUUGAGCAUUGGUUUAUUUACUUGAACACCCAAAAAGAAGGAAAGAAAUGGGAAACUAUGCAUCAGUAUGCAGCUUGAUGAUCUCUCCGAUAAUGAAAAGCAACAAAGCGGCACGAGUCAUAUUCCCAUCGGGCGAAAUCCGGCAGUUUCGAGAGUGUGUUAAGGCGGCCGAGAUCAUGCUCGAGUGUCCCAGCUUCUUCUUAGUCAACUCCCGGUCGUUAAACAUCAACCGUCGUUUCUCGCCGCUUUCGGCUGACGAAGAUUUGGAGGCGGGGAAUAUUUACAUCAUGUUUCCGAUGAGGAGGGUGAACUCGAUGGUUACUCCGGCGGAUAUGGCUGUAUUUUGGAUAGCUGGUAAUAGUGCGGGCAAAAGGAUUUCCGGGAGGAUAUCACCGGAGUUGAGCACUGGUGGUGGAGUGAGGGAGGAGGUGCAGGUGGAAGAGCAGCCGAGAUUGGUGGUGGAUACGCCGGAGUUUAGUUUCCGGUUGGCGGUUUGUAGGUCAAGGAAGCCGUUCUUGGAUACCAUCACGGAGGAGCCGAUUUGUUCAAGAUGAUUGGUAAUUAAGGGUAGAAUAGUCAAUUACAAAUAGUAGACUUAGACUUAUAGGUUUAAAAUUUCAAUAUUGAAUUGAAACACACUUAUUAGGUGUUUAAGAUUGCUUAUAAAAACAAUUUAUUGACUUAUUUUGGUAUGUCACCGGUAAUAAGUACUUAUAUGUUGUUACUGUGUUCAACAACGUAUAUAACGUAAAAUAUAUGAUUGUUUUGAACCGUUAAUUAUUU